AUGUUCAUCGGAGGUCUGAAUUGGGAGACUACAGAUCAGUCCUUGAAAGAUUACUUCUCUCAGUUUGGAGAGGUACAAGAAUGUACUGUGAUGCGAGAUAGUGCUACGGGUCGCUCGAGGGGCUUUGGUUUCUUGACGUUCAGGGAUCCGAAGACUGUCAACACCGUCAUGGUCAAGGAACACUAUCUGGAUGGCAAGAUUAUCGACCCCAAGCGUGCAAUCCCGCGGGACGAGCAGGAAAAGACCAGUAAAAUUUUCGUUGGCGGUGUCAGCCAAGAGGCAAAUGAGCAUGAUUUCAGAGAAUUCUUUACUCAGUUCGGGCGUGUAAUCGAUGCAACCCUGAUGAUUGACAAGGAUACCGGUCGCCCCCGUGGCUUUGGAUUCGUGACAUUUGAUAGCGAAGCGGCUGUCGAGGCAGCACUCUCACGUCCUCUAGAAAUUCUCGGUAAGCCAAUCGAGGUGAAAAAAGCCCAGCCAAGGGGCAAUUUACGCGAUGAGGAAGACCGCCGGUUCCGUCGUGGCAGGGAGAGUUUCCGUGACGGAGGCGCGAUGGGCGGCGAUGGUUCGCAGCAACAAGCCGGUGCUCAAGGCCAAGGCAGCAUGGCCGGUGGACUCACCCCGCAAAUGAUGGCACAAUAUUGGCAGAGGAUGCAGCAAUACUUUGCUCUAAUGCAACAGCAGAUGGCCGUUGCUGCGGCUCAAGGUCAAGGCAUGGGCGGAAUGGGCAUGGGUGGAAUGAACCCAGCCAUGAUGCAACAGAUGCAGCAAAUGAAACAAAUGCAGCAAAUGCAAAUGGGGAACGGUCAAGCGCCGCAAGGCAGCCUUAGCCCUCCGUCGCAAAGCACUACGCCCCAGACAAUGGCACCGAACAUGAUGAAUCCCGCAGUAAUGCAGCAGAUGCAACAGAUGCAGCAGAUGCAGAAUCAAAGCCAGAGCAGCAAUUCCGGCGGCAUGACUGGCCAGAUGGGAGGAGGUGGCAAUGGAAUGAACAUGGCCGCAGCCAGCGCCAAUGGGAAUUUCUCGGGCCAUCGUGGUGGACCUGGCUACAAUGCUCAGGAACAGAUCGCCUUCGAGCAGCAGAAAUACGAGCAGCAACAGGCACGCCGUGCCAUGGAAAAUCGGGCCUUCUCUCCCUACCAGCAAGGUGGACCAACUUCUUGGGAAGGUAUGUAUGAUGAAGUACCUCAGCCGAACAUCCCGACCGGGCCCCAGGCCAUGACCCGCGCGGGGAGCAUGGGACGCGGUCCGACUCCACAACCUCAGAGUGCUGCCCCCGCCAAUGCUCCGACAGGGCCGAAGAAUGCUGGUAAGCCGGGCGCUAAUUAUCGUGGUGGGGGUCGCGGAGGUCACCGGGGCUUCCAUCCUUACUCGCGGGGUUAAAGUGAUAUGAUCUGCCUUUCAAUUUUGUGCUUCUCAUCUUCACGCUGUUGUACAUGUGCACCCCAGUUCUAGUUUCUACCCUUCACUUGGGAUUCUCUCGUGCAAUUAAGCAAAUCUUUCCGUUGCAACCCCCUCCCUUCUCUUCAUGGCUGUUUGAGGAAACUUUCUCUUCUGUUUUUCUGUUCUUAAGCUGUGCAAUCCAGAAUGGCUUGAUCUUGCAGCAGUAAAAGUGGCAUUCGGUUUCACACCAACCACCUUAAAAUCAUCCCAAGGCUCCGCCCAACCGUUGCCUGUCUUCUAUCUUGUUCCUGUCGUGACUCUUCAGAUUGUAUGACGUUCUCCCUCUCUCUAGUGCUAUCCUUGUGCUCUC